AUGCUGCUGGAAACAACAUUGAUAGCAGAAGAUACCCAGGCCACUCUGGAGGAUGAGAAGCAACAGGAGGAGCAGACCUGGCUUUCAGCUGGGCCAAGAGAAGCUCCUCAGUUAUGUGCAUUGUUAAAAGAAAUGAAAGAAGGAUUGGAUUUAGUGAGGAGCAAAGUGCAAGCUUUAACAUUGAAAGUGAAUGAAAAUCAAUUUCCGACUACACAUGGGUUGAGCUAUCUUAAUGCCAAGAAUUUCCUUCUUAUGAGCUAUUGCCAGUGUGUUGUUUACUAUUUACUUCGUAAGGCAAAAGGGCUUUCUAUCGAGGGACACCCAGUUGUUCGGAGCCUUGUAGAGAUGAUAUUAUUCUUAGAGAAGAUUCGUACAAUCGAUAAAAAACACGAGUACCUAAUUAAAAAGUACAUUAGAGGCACCGCAAAUACUGUAGAGAAAGAAGAUGCCAAUAAAGAGCAAGCAAAUACUUCAAACAAAUCAGAGGACUUCCUGAGAUAUCGGCCAAAUCCUGACAUGUUUAAGUCCAAGUUGCCCAAUUCCGAGGGUGAUGAUGUUGUAUACCGUCCACCCAAGUUUGUUCCCACAGCUAUGGAGGAAGAAAAUAUAUCUAAGAGUGAAAAACUGGCCCAGAGAAGGGACAUGCAAAUUUUACGGCAGGCUAAACAAAGUCCCUAUGUGAGAGACAUGCUGAAUGCUGCUGAAGGGAAACCUGAAGAGAUACGGGAAGUUGUUGGAGCUGAAAGUCGAGAAGUUAUUCAGUAUAGGGAGAAGAUGAACAAACGUGCAAGACAAGAAGAGGAAAUUUUCACCCGUGUACCUCUUACGAAGGCGGAGAAAAAGCAAGGGAAGCAUUUGAAGAAGUCAAGAAACGGAUUGGUUGGCUUGUCGGAAGAUUUCUACGAUGUUAGAAGUUUACCUUUGAAUGGGGAUGGCGAAGAAGGUCCUUCAAGCUUCAGUAAUUCGAAUAGGGGAGGGAAAAAACAGUUUAAGCGCAAGAGAAAGCAUUGAUGUAAGAUCAACUGAAG